GACUUCCGGGGUGUUUCUUAAAGCCGUGCACAUGAUCCCGAUGUUGGUCUCCUUUCGUGUAGCGGCGGUUGAUAUAACGUGUGAGAAGACGAGCUGAAUUACCCUCACGGCUCGGAGAGGCAAACAUGACACGUCAGAACUCGUAAGCAGAAACGGUCGUGGGUGGUUUUUUUAUUUAUUUUUUUAGGAGAGCGGCUCUUCCGUCAUCUCAACAAAUCACAGCGCGUGACUCGUAUUUAUUUCCCCGCUGCCGCCGCUGUUACGGUGACGUUAGCAGAGCUAGCAUAACAGCUAACCGCAGCUAGCGAGCUAGCUAACUGUUGUUUGCGUUGACCCGAGACGAACCGGGAGAGCAACCCGAGGAAAACAUGACGCACGUCGGCGGCGUCCAGUCGUGGUGCCUGGGAGUGACGUUACAGUUGAUUUUAGCUGCCGUCCUGCACCAGGGUUUAGCUACAGUUGCCCCGCCCACUACUGCCCAAACCACUGCCGCGCCGCACAAAGACCCCGGCAGACCCGAGAAAGGAAACUACAUGGUCACCAAAAGCAACGGUACUGUCUGUUUGCUGGCAUCCAUGGCUCUCCAGCUCAACAUCAGCUACAACUCCCUCUCCCAAAAUAAGAUAGUGCAGGAUGUUGUGAACCUUCAGCCCAAUUUGACAAAGGCCUCUGGAUCAUGUGACUUGGACAGAGCCUCCCUGCAGCUCUUCACAGAUGAAUUAACCCACCUCAACUUUACCUUCACUCUGAAUGCCACGUCCAAUAAGUACCACCUGAGUCAAGUGUCUCUGCUAGUACACUGGCCAGACAUGAAAGAUCCCUUGUCAGCAUUUAACGGCAGUGUGGAUGAACUGCGGGGCACCUUAGGGUUCUCGUACAUGUGCCGUGAGGAGCAAACUCUGAGUUUGGCCCAGAAUUGGUCCAUCAACACCUUCCAGCUGCAGGUGCAGCCAUUCGGCGUCACCGGAGAUCAGUUUGGAGCAGCCGAGGAAUGCCAGUUGGAUGAGGACGACAUGUUGAUCCCCAUCAUAGUCGGAGCAGCUUUAGCCGGCCUCGUCCUCAUCGUGCUCUUGGCUUACUUCAUCGGCAGGAAGAGGAGCCAAGCUGGAUACCAGACCAUCUGAGGUCACGCGUCGCUCUCAUCUGCCCAGAGGCCAGUGCGAGCUAUCCCUUAAGAUUAACCACUGUUUUAUGAGACUUAACACUCCACCCUGUCCCCCUAUAUCCCUUAAUCCCCCCCACAUCUGUGUGUGUGCUGUUCUUUGCUCUCAUCAGUAACACUAGUCGUUAUCACUUGAUAUGCUCUUUCUGAACCGACGGACUCAUUCGUAAAGAAGGGGCUUUGUUUGGAGAUUGUGAGGAAAUGAGGAGGAGGGGGGGGGGGGGGGGGGUACUAUGUGUGACGCAGGGGAUGGAUGUUGAGCAGAGGGUCCACGAGAGUUCUCCAAUUGUACUAUUUAUGAUUUCUGUGGAAGGAAUUUUGAGGGACCGUAUGAUUUGAGAGGAAAGCUACCGUAGCGUUUCUUAUUGUUCACGGGCUUUUGGGGCGACGAUUACUUUGUGGUCUUCCCCUAAAGGAGGUUUGUUAUUGUAAAGGGAAUAUUUUUUUGCUGUAGCUUAAUCCACUUCAGAAAGUAAAGAUGUGUUUUUUUUUAAAUUUAUUUUUGUUUUUGCAACUCAACAUUCAGCCCAAAGGUUGCAGAAUUUAUGUUGACUAAAAUCACAGUAACCUAAUCUUAACAAGGACGUGCGAGGCGUCCCCUACGUAGUUAAGAUGCAUUUAGGAAUGCCUUUUGUUCACUGGGAUUAGUGAUAAUAUUUACCGGUAUGUCCCUCUUCAAGGUGCUCGACUCAUUGCACAAGCAGUUUUCAACUCCUGUAAGAUAAUUGUGUUUUCACUUUAUUUAAAACCUUUUGGGAAAUGUGCUUGUUGGAUGAGAAGAUCAACACCACUCAUAUUCGCUAACUGUAGAGCUACAGUCAGCCGGCUGUUAACUUGGCACAAAGACUCUUAAACUCACUGAUAUACAUGUUGUUUUUCUUUUGUUUAAUCUGUACAAAGGCUGAAGUUGAACCACUUUGCCAUGUAAGCGUUGGCGUUUUGGCUUUUUAGACGGAGCCAUGCUUGUUCCCCUGUUUCCAGUCCUUAUGCUAAGCUAACUGUCUCCUGGCUGUGUUGUCAUAUUUUCCGUAUAGACAUGAGUAACUCUUUUUAUUAGCUUUCAUCAAUGUUCUCUAAUUCUUGGAUUUCCCAAAAUGUCAAACUAUUUGACGAGUGGUCGUAAGCCACUCUUUUGGAGUCUGUUACAAUGUUUGCACAAAACGGGAGUUGCAAUCAAACGAUCUUUAAAGAAAAUACACUUCAGUUUGCUUCGGUGGAUGGAAAAAAAAAAAGCUCAGGACGUCACUGUAAGAGGUGUAAUAAUCUGUAAGUGUUAAAAAUCCACUGGGUGGUUUUUUUAGUUUUCUUGGGAUGUUGCUUGCUGAAGGGGAAGUGAUCUCAAAUGGGCCCCUGUAAGGAUUUAGAGACCAAAAUAAUAUGGUCCGUGUUCAUCAGUGCCUUCCCAGCUGUAACAUAGAUGGGAUGAAAGUAAAGCCAAUGCCACAGAGGUACUCACUGACACUGUGCUGCCACAGAGCCUUCGUUUACUGUUACGGCCAUACUUGUGCAUUGCUUGAUGUUGUAGGAGAAAGUGCAGAUAUGUUUUUUUUUUUUUUUAAACGUUUUUAUCCUCCUAAAUGUCCAUGUAGUGAUUUAAUCAUGUUUUGAAUUGAUUUAGUUUGAGCUGUUUUCUAAAGGAGAGGUCAAUAAAAGUGAAUGAACGAG